UCCCCAUCCUCCCUUCUCCACCACCCCAUUUGAAACCUCACUCACUCACACACACUAAAUUUCUCCUAAAAAAUAAAAAAUAAAAAACAAAAAAAUGAACGAACGCACGAAAAAGAUCGGUAUUGUGUCCGUUUGCUCCAUCAUCCUCGUCGCCAUGGUCGUGGCCCUCGUCGUUGGCGGCCGCGGCUCAGACGACGACGAGACCCCAGACCUGUCGUCCUCUCAGAAGGCCAUCUCGACCAUCUGCGAGACGACCGACUACCAACGCUCGUGCGAGGAAGCCCUCGUCUCAUCCGGCGCCGGCAACUCGACCGACCCAAAGGACCUCAUCGCCGCCGCCUUCCAAGCCGCCAUCCGCAAGAUCGGUGAGGCCGCCGAGCGCUCGUCGGCCCUCCGCGCCGCGCAAUCCGACCCGCGGGCCCGCGCAGCCCUCGAUAGCUGCCGAGAGCUGGCGGGCCAGGCCUCCCGAGACCUCGAGCGCUCGUACGCCAAGUUCAACGACUUCGACAUAACCAACGUGGAUGAUAUCCUCGUCGAGCUCAAGGUUUGGCUUAGUGGAGCCAUCACCAACGAGGAGACGUGCCUCGACGGGUUCGAGGGCGUCCCGGGAGACGCUGGUGAUUGGAUGCGGGCCGCCCUCAAGUCGUCCAUGGAGAUGACAAGCAACGCGCUCGCCAUGGUGGCAGAGAUCUCGACUUUUUUGGAGACGAUGGGAAUCCAAGGGUUCAAGAGUAGCCGUCGUCGGCUCCUCUCGUCGUCUGUGUUGGGCCACGACGCGGAGCUUCCGGAAUGGAUUGAUUUCGAGUGGACACAGAGGAGGCUCAUGACGGAAGCUUCUUUUUCGCCGCAACAAAUUAAGCCGAACGUCGUGGUGGCUAAGGAUGGUACCGGAAAGUACCGGACGAUAAACGAGGCACUAAAAGACGUGCCCAAGAACAACAACCGAACAUUCGUGAUGUAUGUGAAGGAGGGAGUUUAUGAAGAGAAGGUGUGGAUCAACAGCAGUCUCACUCACCUGAUGAUCGUCGGGGACGGGCCCACCAAGACGAGGAUCACCGGUCGAUUGAACUUCAUCGAUGGCACGGGGACUUACCAAACGGCCACCGUCGCCGUGCAAGCGGACGACUUCAUAGCUAGGGACAUCGGGUUCGAGAACUCCGCCGGACCCGAAAAGCACCAAGCUGUGGCUUUGCGUGUGAGCGCCGACCGAGCGAUCUUCUACAACUGCCACAUGGAUGGCUAUCAAGACACGUUGUACGUGCACACGUACCGCCAAUUCUAUCGAGACUGCGUAAUCUCCGGCACCAUUGACUUUAUCUUCGGUGAUGCCGCGGUAGUUUUCCAAGGUUGCACGUUGCUCGUCCGAAAGCCUCUCGACAAUCAGCAGAACAUCGUGACAGCUCAGGGCCGAAAGGACGUUCGUCAACCUACGGGCCUCGUUAUCCAGAACUGCACAUUUAAGGCCGACCCAGAAUACUACCCACACCGUAACAAGAUCAAGUCGUACCUCGGCAGGCCGUGGAAGGAGUACUCGAGGACCAUCAUCAUGGAGUCGUUCGUCGACGAUUUCAUCCAGCCACAAGGGUGGCUCCCUUGGAACGAGACCUUCGCUCUCAACACACUCUUCUACACCGAGUUCAACAAUCGCGGUCCCGGCGCACCAAAGGCCCAACGGGCCAAAUGGGCCGGAGUAAAGGAGCUCCCGCCAGCCCGUAUCCAGCGCUUCACCGCCGCCGAGUUCCUGGACGGCAACCGUUGGAUUCCACCGACCCGCGUGCCUUACGCGGCCGGGUUUAUAUUCCCGGUGCCAAAGGAGGACCCGAACAUCAAGUACUCGCCGGUUGUUCCCGAGGAGAACAAGGAUCUCGGCUCGGUUAUCGAUAAGACUUCGUACGUGGCUAACAAGAACAAUACGGGGUCGGGCCAGUCGGCCAUCCCACCGCCGCCGCCACCACCGCCAGUCCCACUUUCUGCGCCGGAAAUAGCUAUCCCUCUCGAUAUCCUCCCGAGCGCUAGUGCUCCCGAGUCGUCUAUAACGGCUUCUCCAUCUGUAUCUCCUGUCGCGAGUCCUUCGGUCGGGAUUUCUCAGCCCGUUUUUAGCGUCUCGCCAUCCGUGCUGCCGGUCGGAGGUGACUUGCAAUCGACCGGCGGAGGCUCGAAUGUGGCUUCAACUCCGAACAAUUCUCGUUUACAUUCGAGUGCUCAAUUAAAUAUGGGAAGUUCAGAUGUAAAGCAGAGCCUAGCUCCGGUGGUUGCUCAGGGAGGUGAUUUGGCGGCGGCGGUGGCUCCAGCUCCGGCGACUUUUACCGGUGGCGGCUCGGUGCCGGCAGCUUCUCCGGCUGUCUCGACAAGUGGAAGUGUAGCUGCUACUCCAGAGUCAUUAGAUGCAUUCGUUGAUGCUUCCCCUCCAAGCUAGUGGCCUUGUCUUGUGGUUUUCUUUUUUAUUUUGUUAUUAUUUGUAAUUUUUUUUUUUAACUAAAGUCAUUGAAAAUGAUAUGUAUUUCUUUCUUUCAUGGAUUUAACUUAAAAAUGGGGAGUGUAUGUAGAGUUUUUCUUUUUCUUUUUUUUUUUCAUU